AUGGAGGUUGGCCUGAAGAAGAAGAACAUGGGGUUUGAGGAAACUGAGCUAAGGCUUGGACUGCCUGGAAACGGUGCCUCAGGCACUGAAGAGGUGCUGCGGAAGAGAGGAUUCUCCGAGACUCAAACUCAGGAUGACACUGCCUCAGUGGAUUUGAUGCUUAAUCUUUCAUCUAAGGAACCAACCACUGGAGCAGAUCCAACUGAUAAGCACAACACCUUGCCUAAGGAAAAAACCCUUCUGCCAGCAGAUCCUGCUAAGCCUCCAGCCAAGGCACAGGUGGUGGGUUGGCCACCUGUGCGGUCCUUCCGGAAGAACAUGUUGGCUGUGCAGAAGAGCGUUGGAGAAGAGGGCGAGAAGAAUAGCAGCCCUAAUGCAAGCUUUGUGAAAGUUAGCAUGGAUGGAGCACCUUAUCUCCGCAAAGUGGACUUGAAGAUGUAUAAGAGUUACCGCGAGCUCUCUGAUUCUUUAGGCAAAAUGUUCAGCUCCUUCACCAUUGGGAAUUGUGAAUCCCAAGGAAUGAAGGAUUUCAUGAAUGAGAGCAAGCUGAUGGAUCUUUUGAACAGUUCUGAUUAUGUCCCAACCUAUGAGGACAAGGAUGGUGACUGGAUGCUUGUCGGUGAUGUUCCAUGGGAGAUGUUUGUUGAAUCAUGCAAGCGUCUACGCAUCAUGAAAGGAAAGGAGGCUAUUGGUCUUGGUCUUGCACCAAGAGCCAUGGCGAAAAGCAAGAACAGGAGCUAG